UAGAACAUCUAAGUGAGAGAUCCGAUUAGCCAGGAUUUGCAGAUAACUAUAGCUUCCACAAUUUCUGAUUGUUCACCAACGGAUGGAGAUGGAGGUAGAUGUUCGGUUGAUUUUACUGGCGAUUCUUUAUGCGGUAAUACAAGCACAGGACGACAGUUCCAGAGGUAAGAUGUUCUUGUUGUUAUUACAUUUAAUGGUUUGGUUCAGUUAUAAUCUUAAGCUGAAUACUUCAAUUGGUAUUUCUUGCAUGAAUUGCACUUGAUGUGCACGCUCUCGUCACAAUAUUGAAAUCUUGAGUCGAUCAAGUUCCUUGUUAAUCCCGAUUUACUGAAAAACUCUUUGCUUCCACUGUCGAUCGAUGAGUUUAAGCCUCAACAGACGCUUUAUGAAAUCUAGUAAAAUACGAGUCAAACGUUUUGCCCGGACAUAUAAAAAACUUGAGCACCGAUAUAUUGGAGUUGAGGGGAGAAAUUAGCGGGUAUAAUGAGAUAAAAAUAUUCGCAUAGUUUACCAUUAAUACGCUUUGAGACCUAGCCAUUAAAUCCAUAUCAGUUUUCAGGUCUGGUGUUUUAAUACAUUCGGCCUUUUCAGAUUCAGGGAAUGUAAUUUCUGACAAUAAUUUACACACUAAACUUAUUAUUGUGUGACAGAGAAACACAUAUUUUCAUGUGGUUGGCUCCGCAGCAGGCAAGAAGAGACAAAUCCAGAGUUCUGAUAGGCAACCCGCUCAGGCAAGAGAGGCCUACAUGUAUCUUGUCCACAGGGAGACCCGCAUUAUCUGUGACAUAACCGCCAGUACUGGCUAGGAUACUGUUUCAGUAUAAGAAUCAACAUCAUCAGUAGCAGAGGCUAUCCCUUUCUUUAAUUCAGCUUCUGUGCGAAGUUCACUUGAGUUCAAAUCGCAACAUUCUAGCAUUAAAGACUUGCUAUAUUCCUUCCUCAGUUAUGCAUAUACAGGGCUGUCACUAAGAUUUCAAGUUGCUGGGUAAAUACAACAAGUAUGUGGGGAAUCAAACAGCUAGGGAUUUCUUUUGGUUCUAUUUUUCUAUGAAAGUAGCCAGGGGCGACGUUCAUAGUAGCCGGGGGAAAUCCCAGCCCCCGGCUCUUUAUGACAGCCAUUAUAUACUAGUUAAGUACAUCUUAGCCUGUGGGUCACAGACAUAAUUUUAUCCCUGUUAGAAACCUCUGUGAGGCAGUGCUGAUAUCAUUUUUCUCAGCUCCAAAGAGACUUAACAAAUUACCAGAAAAGCAUUUCAAAUUUCCCUUCAACCCAGAUUGACAAAUUUACAACAUUGGCUUUUUUUAACAGGUCAAAUCAUGGCGGGUACUCAAAUCCUGGUGCACAGGUUGGAACCAACAACAAGAAUUUUGGCACUGUCUCACAAAUGAACUUAACCAGAAGUUUAUUUCUGUCUGUGACAUAGGCUCGUACAUGUACAUUUUAGUAGCAAGUUAUUUUUCAAAUUAAAGACUAGUGUUGGUUUUGAAAGAUAAGUGAAGCAUUGCAUUUUUCCCUUUUUAGUUGAUUUGACAGAAAAAUUACUUUUCCACUGUACCUGGUGCCUAAGAAAUCUGUCAUCAGCAGCAUGUAAAGUGUUGUCUAAUGGAACUAUUUCAUGCAUCAGAUGUAAAGAGCAUUUACUUGAUAGCUUGCCAUGCAGAACAUGUUCUAGAGGAUUUGAAAGUAACCAGACAUCAAGGCCUCAUGUAUCAUGUGACAGCUGUCUUUGCAAUGGAAGCUUUGAUUCUCGCAAAUCAAAUAGUAACUGUGAAUACAUGGAAGAGAGUUGUUUUGUUUGCCAGUCUAAUGAUUCAGUAUGGCAUUGUCAGGAUUGUCAGAAGAGUCAGGGUACAAACGAUUGUGCUAAAGAGAAUGGCAAAGUGGAAACCAAGACAAACUCAGGUUGUUAAUCAAUUUCAUUGUUAGUAACAAGGGCGUCCCCUUUUUUUGCAUUUAGUGUUGAAUGCAUUCCCUGAUUUAGGGGGCAUUUGGUCAGAUGAGAAAGAAAAUAAUCAAAAACUCAAAUAUUUUAAGAAGUUUGGGAAUGAGAGACCCAGUGCCCUUGCAUCAUUGCCAUGGAACCUGGAAACAACAAGACAUAAAAUCAAUAUGGCGGAAAAUGUGAUGUUCGAUGUCAUAGUAAAAGUAGAACAUAACAAAAAAUAUAUACUUCCAAGACUUCUAUGCUGUGAAAUGCUGUUACAAGUCAUUACUUUUUUUUUAAAAUGCCAAAUAUUUGGGUUGGUCAGACAAGGCUAAAUGAAGAAAAAAAGGGGAUGGCCUAAUAAAAAUUCAUCUACCUUAUUUUAGAAUAAUAAUAUUCGCCAAAGGGACAAUGCUUUGAUCUUUUUUUAUCAAAUUCUCUUAACUAAUUCUGGACAUCAGUCUAGAAAAUGUGUCAAUUAGCAUUACUGCAGUAAAAAUCACUAUUUUAUCCCCUUUAAUUUAGGGAAUAUAUGGUUUUUACUGCCGUAAUACUGAUUAACAAUUAUUCCUCUAGCCCAAAUGGGCUCGGACUCAAUAGCCCAUGAGGCCAAAAGCCGAAUGGGCUAUUGACUCAUAGGCCAUGAAGGCGAGAGAAAUAAUUGUUUUAGUAAAAUCCAACUAGUUGGUCAAAAUAUGGAGACAAAACAACUUUAGCUAGCAAAAUGCAAUUCAGCUGCCAUUGUUUUGGUUUUCAAAGCCGGCUAGUUUCGCUACUAGUGGACUAUAAGAUAAAUCCUAGUAGUAGUUCAACCAAUCCGAACACAGCAUUGAUAAUAGACCACAGUUGGAUUUUACUAAUAAUUAUUAUUUGUAUUAUAUUUUGCUUGUUGUGUAUGAUAAUAAGAUUACAUACUGCAACACUAAAAAAUGAAACUUCUUAACUGGUGGAUCUUUUGCAUCACACUGUUUUAUUUUUUUGGCAAUUAGCAAAAAGAUAUUUCGUGAAUUUUUCGUCUGGCCCCUGUUAUGUGUGAAAGGGUAAAAAAUACAGCUGUGUAGACCUACUGUAACUUUGUGGUUUGAAAUUGCUUCAAAUUAUGAUUAUUGGUUUUUGUUGUUACCCUUCUAGCAGAGCCUUUCUUUGACUUGCUCGAUUUUAGUGACUCGAGAAACACUCUGCAUAUGAAUUGAGUAAGAUCUCUGUUGAGAUGCAUAGCCAGCUUUUCGACUAGUUGCAAGCCUGGCCAACUUUCAUUUCCACAUAUCCUGAAAAUUGUAUGCAUGACUAGUAUGCACUGUCCUCACCAACACUCUAAGCUUUUAGGCUCACCCUAACAGUGCAAAAUUUAUUACAACCAGUAGAGUGAUCAAACCAAAAAUUUGCAGGCACGGGCCCUAUGGGCUGGCUACGCUCCUGCCAUUUGAUUGGAUACAGCUUUUGAGCUAAGACUUAACAGCUGUGUGCUUGGUAGAGCAGGCUCAGCUCAUGACCAUUCGUUUAUCAAAAAAUGGAUGCUUGCACUCAGGAAACCAGUUUGAUGAGAGAAAACAAGAUGACUGGUCCAGACAUUCAGGACUGAUGUGUUUCAGGCAGAGUCUCCUUUUCUGACAAGGACAAAAGGAGGUUCUGCUUACAGGGUGGUUUUAUGUGAAUACAGUCGAACCUCCCGUAAGCGACCACCCCAAAUGCAAAGACUGAGUGGUCGCGUAUAAGAAUCGAACCACAGGGGGCCUCUAGCAAGAAGAGGUCUGGGCACAUCUACUUUAUGGAAGAAAAUUUAUUGCAUGCAAUUUGUAAGUUAUCCUGUGUAGUUCCAUGUUGUUACUAAAGUUAUUCAUAUAUUCUAAGUAGCAUAGUGUACACAGCAAACAUAGAGAUCAGAGAACGCAUCAAGUGGUCACUUACAAGAGGUUAAAAACAAUGGAAAAUCAUUAAACUUUCAGGCCCAAAAAGUGGUCGCGGUCGGUUACAGGAGGUGGUCGUUUACUAGAGAUUCUAACUGUAAGGCUUUGACUGGGAAAGUUUUGGUAUUUUGAACAGGUGUUCGCUCAUGGGAGGUGGUUGCUUAUGAGACUUGGUUGCACAUGGAGGUUCGACUGUACAUAGAUAAGGCAUGAGUAUUAGUUUACCACAUACAUGUACUAUAAUCUGGAUACUGAACAAAACUUGUUGGUUGCAGGAUUUUCAUUAAAGGAAAAAAUCAUAGUAGCUGUGUGCAGCACUUUUGGAGCUGUUUGCCUCUGUAUCAUUGGCUUUCUCCUUUAUCGGCAUCGUAGGAGCCGAAAUACCAUUACACUAAAAAAGCCUUUCUGGACAGUUGAACUCACAAAUCGCAACUAUGAUGACUUGGACUUUUCUCUCCUGGAUCCAAUUACAGAUGUUCCAUUGGUCUAUCGCAACGACAUUGGAGACUUUGACAGCGAAGCAUUACUGGCAGCUGAGAAGCCACAUUUGGUAAUGGAGGUUGAUGCAGGGGAUGACUGAGUUGCAUGACGAACAAAAUACAAGUUAACUAGUGUUAAUGCUAAUGUCUGCAGGAUACAAAUUCACAUCUCUUGUUUUUGUUAUGAGAACCUUUACCCUGGGUGCCAGAGGCUUUUCAUGAACAAUUUCCUGUUCUAGACAUGCAAGAAAAAGACCUUUGGUAUCCAGGGAACAGAACCUUCAUAUUGACCGUGAAAAUC